GCAACACCUAUUGCGCAAAGAUGGCGGUCCCACGGGCGAGAGUACUGGACCUCAUGAAGGCGUCGUGCCGCGUCUUCAACACCACCUACAAUCCCGAGCGCGUCCGCAUCGGAUCCCACAUUAUGCGCCAGCGCCUCAAGGGUGCCUCAGUCGCAUCCUACUAUCCACCGAGGAUAGGGACAAUCGCCCAGCUGCGAUCACUGUACCCCGAGAACGAGAUUCUGGAUGACGAGGAGGAAGACUGGCUCGAGCACCUUAACGUUGCGAGGUCACGAGGAAAGUCGGUGCCGAAGAAGAAGAGGACAGCUGCUGAGUCGAAGAAGUACAACAAGAGGAAGUAGACGGACAGACGCCACGAGAUAUCCCCCCCCCCCCCCG